AAAUUUGACCACCACUGAAAUGCCGGAGUUGAUGUUGACGACAGAAAGAGUACGAUCUAGCACCGACUAUUUAGCCAUUGAGACAACGCCUGAGUCUUCGAUGUUGACUUGGUCGACAGGCAAAACGCGGCAACACACUGGAAAUCCCACUGUUGAAACUACACCCGAGUCUCCGGUGUUGACUUGGUCGACAGGGAAAAAGGGUCAACGCACUGGCAAUCCCACUGUUGAAACUACUACUGAAACAGGGACUAAUGACAGUGGCGGUGGAGCUGCACGUGAAAUGAAUCCCGAAGGUUCUGAACAAGGUCUUACUAUAAUUCUACCUGCUGUCACCGGUGUCAUCUUGCUCUGCGGGAUUGUCAUAGCAACGGCCUUGUGGGUUUUGAAACGAAAGAAAAGGAGCAAAAUUCAAACUUCCCCAGUAGGCGAAGACAAUGGAGACCCAUCUUCAACUCAAAAAGAUAUAAACGACAGCAGAGAAGACCCACAAGAAGAAAGUUCCAGUGAGAUUCCAUACGUUCCUCCGACGACUGGUGCCAUCCCCCCGACACUGAAGCACUUUUCAACGAAUCCUUCUCAUUCGGGCUCCGACAGGCUUCAAUCAAAAGACACAGACAGUUCACACGAGGAUAAGUUUGGAAAAACUGGCGAACAAUCUGUUUCUGAUGAUGUGCUUCACGUCUCGGCUACUGGUGGCGCCACCGUGCCACAUGAUUUACCACCAGUGAGCAGCCCAUUCGAUCAAACCGAUCAAAACAUUCAACGGCGACUCCCAGCACGUCUGCCACCUUUAACGAAAGAAUGAGACGGUCGCUUAAGUAAGUUAUUUGGUUUUUUUCAAGUACUCAGGAUUUCUACGGUUUAAUGAAAGACAGAUGCAGUGACGGUGUGGAUUCAAGACUUAUGUGCCACAUUCAAACAAAAUACAUAUUCGCACCAGCCUUUGAAAAGGAUUUCUCUUUUUUCUAUUCAUAUGCAGAAUGCAUAUCGCGCAUUAAUUAAUAUUUGAAAGUAAACUUGCAUAAAUUUAACGACUUUUGCCUUAUCAACUCUAGGACACACUAAUCAUUCUUUCGUGGGUCCAUGCUCAAUAUGAAUAUUGAAAUCAAAUAUGUUUUCUUUUUGCAGUAAACAAAUCAAUAAAACUGAUUCUUAUCUUGAAAUGUCCGAUGUACAACUCAUCAACACUAAAACUUUUUUUGCAUUGUAUGCUUCUAAAACAAGUUAUGUCCGACUUAAAAGAGAAGCAACACGCGUGCGUAUAUUGCACGACCUACAUACGUACGUAAAACCUGACAAGAUAAUUAGCCAGAGAAAAAUCA